AUGAUCUUCGGAAUUUUCUUCCUCUGUCAAACUGGCAUUGGGAUUCUGGAGAACUCCCUGGUGCUCUUGCUGAGCUCCUACAUCUCCUUCACCCAACCUUCUCAGAGGAAGAUCACAGAUAAGAUUCUCACACAAUUGACGUUUGCUAACCUGGCUGCAAUAAUUACUCGAGGAAUCCCUGAAACUAUGUUCUCAUUUGGAAUUAAACAUUUUCUGAGUGAUGUUGGGUGUAAGGCUGUGAUGUACAUUUACAGUGUCAACCGGGGUGUCUCCAUUUGUUCAACCUCUCUCUUGAGCAUAAUCCAAGCCAUCAUCAUCAGUCCCAACAACUGCAGAUGGUCAUGGCUCAAACUCAAAGCCACCAAUUUCAUUUAUCCUUCCUUUUUCUUCUUCUGGGCCCUCAACAUGAUAAUCAAUUUUCAUGUCAUUACUGAGAGUUCAGCAACAAAAAAUUACACUUUGGAUACAAACGGAUAUUCUAUGAACUAUUGUAUGACACCAGGCAUAAGUUUUAUUUUUAUAAUGUGCAUACUUCUUCGGGAUAUUGUCUUUUUGUUCAUCAUGAUGUUCGCCAGUGUGUACAUUGUUAAUCUCUUGUGCAAGCACCAGAAGAAAUUACAGGAAAUGAAAAAGAGCAACCAUAUGCAGAAACUGUCUCCAGAAACAAGAGCCACACAAACUGUCCUUUGCCUGGUGACAUGUUUUGUUUUCUUUUAUUCAUUUAAUUCUUUCCUCAUUGUCCACAUAGCUUUUUCAAAUCAGAAAGAUAUUAAUUUCCAGGGCAUCAGUGUCCUUUUCUCAUUCUGUUACCCAGUUCUGUGCCCUUUCUUGUUGAUCAACACGGAUAGCAGGUUUUCCAAAGCACUGCAUGUUCUCAGAAAGCAAAGCAGUACUCCGCUCCAAAGCAGUUAA